CCGUUUCCGGCGCGCCCCGGACGCGGCCGCGGCGGCCAUGGCGGAGCUGGCGGCGGCGGAGGAACUCGCCAAGCUCGAGUACCUCUCGCUGGUGUCCAAGGUGUGCACCGAGCUCGACAACCACCUGGGCAUCAACGACAAGGACCUGGCCGAGUUUGUGAUAAGUCUUGCCGAGAAGAAUACCACGUUUGACACGUUUAAAGCAAUUCUUUUGAAGAAUGGUGCUGAGUUCACUGAUUCCCUCAUCAGUAACUUGCUCCGUCUCAUCCAGACAAUGCGGCCUCCACCAAAACCAUCCACGAGCAAAGAGGCAGUUGUCAAACCCAAAUCAGAGAAAGAAAAGUUGAGGGAAUUGUAUCCAGCCCUUUGCAGGCCAGACAAUCCCAACAUCAGGACCAUGCUGGAUGAAGAUGAUGUGAAGGUGGCAGCUGAUGCCCUGAAGGAGCUGGAAGCUCUGAUGCCCAGUGCAGACAAGCAGGGCAAGCAGAGGGGCAGCGACCAUCGGGUGAAGAAAAGGAAGAGGAGCCGAAGCCGUAGCAGGGACAGGAAGCGGAGGCACCGAUCUCGCUCCAGGUCCCGUUCCAGGACUCGGGACAGGAACAGGGGAAAAUCCAGAUACAGAUCAAGGAGCAGGAGUUGGAGUCCCAGCAAGGAGCGCAGGGAUCGAGAGAAAUACCUUGAGAAAAGCCAUGAGAGGUGGAGGGACAAGCACAUAGACCGACCCCCAGCUGAGGAACCUUCCAUUGGGGACAUCUACAAUGGCAAAGUCACCAGCAUCAUGCAGUUUGGGUGCUUUGUGCAGCUGGAAGGACUGAGGAAACGUUGGGAAGGUCUGGUCCACAUCUCAGAGCUGCGAAGAGAAGGACGGGUUGCCAAUGUUGCUGAUGUUGUGAGCAAAGGGCAAAGAGUGAAAGUCAAAGUGUUAUCUUUUACUGGAUCCAAAACCAGCCUGAGCAUGAAGGACGUUGAUCAAGACACUGGAGAAGACCUGAACCCAAACCGUAGGAGGAACCUGGUUGGAGAAAGCAACGAGGAGAGCUCCAUGAGGAACCCAGACAGGCCCAGUCACCUGUCCCUGGUGAACGCCCCCGAGGUGGAGGACGACAGCCUGGAGCGCAAACGCCUCACCCGCAUCUCGGACCCGGAGAAGUGGGAGAUAAAACAGAUGAUUGCAGCUAAUGUGCUUUCCAAGGAAGAGUUUCCUGACUUUGAUGAGGAGACUGGGAUUCUUCCUAAAGUGGAUGAUGAAGAAGAUGAGGAUCUUGAGAUUGAGCUGGUUGAAGAAGAGCCACCAUUUCUUCGAGGGCACACUAAACAGAGUAUGGAUAUGAGUCCCAUUAAAAUAGUAAAGAACCCAGAUGGUUCCCUGUCCCAGGCUGCCAUGAUGCAAAGUGCUUUAGCUAAAGAGAGGAGAGAACUGAAACAAGCCCAGAGAGAAGCAGAGAUGGAUUCCAUCCCCAUGGGCCUCAACACACACUGGGUGGACCCUCUCCCUGAUGUGGAUGGAAGACAAAUAGCUGCCAACAUGAGAGGUAUUGGGAUGAUGCCAAAUGAUAUCCCAGAGUGGAAGAAACAUGCAUUUGGUGGCAACAAAGCUUCUUAUGGUAAGAAGACCCAGCUUUCCAUCAUUGAACAGAGAGAGAGCCUCCCAAUCUUCAGACUGAAGGAGCAGCUGAUACAAGCUGUGCAUGACAACCAGAUUCUGAUUGUUAUUGGAGAGACAGGAUCUGGGAAAACAACCCAGAUUACCCAGUACCUGGCUGAGGCAGGAUAUACCUCAAGAGGGAAGAUUGGAUGCACUCAGCCUCGCAGAGUGGCUGCCAUGUCUGUUGCAAAGAGGGUGUCAGAGGAGUUUGGUUGCUGCUUGGGACAAGAGGUUGGCUACACCAUUAGAUUUGAAGACUGCACCAGCCCUGAGACUGUCAUCAAAUACAUGACAGAUGGGAUGUUACUGAGGGAGUGCCUGAUAGACCCAGAUCUCACCCAGUAUGCCAUCAUCAUGCUGGAUGAGGCCCACGAGAGGACCAUCCAUACUGAUGUGCUCUUUGGGCUCCUGAAGAAGACAGUGCAGAAACGGCAGGACAUGAAGCUGAUUGUGACAUCAGCAACUCUGGAUGCUGUGAAAUUCUCUCAGUAUUUCUAUGAAGCACCAAUCUUCACAAUUCCUGGCAGAACAUACCCAGUAGAAAUUCUCUACACAAAAGAGCCAGAGACAGAUUAUUUGGAUGCCAGCCUGAUUACAGUAAUGCAGAUCCAUUUAACAGAGCCACCAGGUGACAUUUUGGUCUUUCUAACUGGCCAGGAAGAGAUUGACACUGCCUGUGAAAUCCUCUAUGAGAGGAUGAAAUCUCUGGGCCCUGAUGUUCCAGAGUUAAUUAUCCUACCAGUGUAUUCAGCUUUGCCCAGUGAAAUGCAGACCAGGAUCUUUGACCCAGCCCCACCAGGGAGCAGAAAGGUUGUCAUUGCCACCAACAUUGCAGAGACAUCUUUGACUAUUGAUGGAAUAUAUUAUGUGGUUGAUCCUGGCUUUGUGAAGCAGAAGGUUUAUAACUCCAAGACUGGGAUUGACCAGCUGGUGGUGACACCAAUUUCCCAGGCUCAAGCCAAGCAGCGUGCAGGCAGGGCUGGCAGGACAGGCCCAGGAAAGUGCUACAGGCUGUACACAGAACGUGCAUACAGGGAUGAGAUGCUGACCACCAACGUGCCUGAAAUCCAGAGAACAAAUCUGGCCAGUACAGUGCUCUCCCUGAAGGCUAUGGGCAUCAAUGAUUUGCUGUCCUUUGACUUCAUGGAUGCUCCCCCCAUGGAAACUCUGAUUACAGCCAUGGAGCAGCUCUACACCCUGGGGGCUCUGGAUGAUGAGGGGCUGCUCACUCGACUUGGGCGUAGGAUGGCAGAAUUCCCCCUGGAGCCUAUGCUGUGUAAGAUGUUGAUCAUGUCAGUGCACCUGGGAUGCAGUGAGGAGAUGCUGACAAUUGUGUCCAUGCUGUCUGUGCAGAAUGUGUUCUACAGGCCAAAGGAUAAACAAGCACUUGCUGAUCAAAAGAAAGCCAAGUUCCAUCAAACAGAAGGUGACCACCUCACUCUGCUGGCUGUGUACAAUUCCUGGAAGAACAAUAAGUUUUCAAAUCCUUGGUGCUAUGAAAAUUUCAUCCAGGCCCGUUCCUUACGCCGGGCUCAGGACAUUCGCAAGCAGAUGUUGGGCAUCAUGGACAGGCAUAAGCUGGAUGUGGUGUCCUGUGGGAAGGCCACAGUUCGGGUCCAGAAGGCCAUUUGCAGUGGCUUCUUCAGGAAUGCAGCCAAGAAGGAUCCCCAGGAAGGGUACAGGACACUCAUUGACCAGCAGGUUGUCUACAUCCACCCAUCCAGUGCUCUCUUCAACAGGCAGCCUGAAUGGGUGGUGUAUCACGAGCUGGUGCUGACCACCAAGGAGUACAUGAGGGAGGUGACCACCAUCGAUCCUCGCUGGCUGGUGGAGUUUGCCCCAGCUUUCUUCAAGGUCUCUGACCCAACCAAGCUGAGCAAGCAGAAGAAGCAGCAGAGGCUGGAGCCUCUCUACAACCGCUACGAGGAGCCCAAUGCCUGGAGGAUCUCGCGCGCCUUCCGCCGGCGCUGAGCUCAGGGCCCUCCUGGACCUGCUGCUUUCAUCCUGUGGCCCUGGGGCUCUUCUGCACUGCUGCCACUGGCCUGGGAGACUGACAGCCCCAUGCAGCUCAGCUGUGGCACAGCAGGAGCUCAGGGGCAGCCCCAGGGGCUGCUGCAGCCUCUCACGAGCGGCUCUUGGAGCACUUUAGUGAUUCCCCUUUUGAGAGACAAAAUCUAAGACUCAGAGUCUGGGUACUGAGCUGAACAACACCAAAAAAUGGUGAUUUAAAACUGGUUCUUCACCUUUCAAAAGGCAAAAUCUAAGACUCAGAGUCUGGGUGAACUGAGCUGAGCAACACAAAAAAAUGGUGAUUUAAAACUGGUUCUUCACCUUUCAAGAGGCAAAAUCUAAGACUCAGAGUCUGGGUACUGAGCUGAACAACACAAAAAAAUGGUGAUUUAAAACUGGUUGUUCACCUUUCAAGAGCAAAAUCUAAGAUUCAGGAGUCUGGGUAUUGAGCUGAAAUUUUCAGCUUCCCUUUUUAGAGAUUCCCCUUUUGAGAGACAAAAUCUAAGACUCAGAGUCUGGGUACUGAGCUGAGCAACACAAAAAAAUGGUGAUUUAAAACUGGUUGUUCACCUUUCUAGAGGCAAAAUCUAAGAUUCAGGAGUCUGGGUACUGAGCUGAACAACACAAAAAAUGGUGAUUUAAAGGUUUAAAUGGUGAUUUUAAGGUUGUUCACCUUUCAGGAGGCAAAAUCUAAGACUCAGGAGCCUGGGUACUGAGCUGAAAUUUUCAGCUUCCCCUUUUAGAGAUUCCCCUUUUAAGACACAAAAUCUAAGACUCAGAGUCUGGGUGAACUGAGCUGAACAACACAAAAAAUGGUGAUUUAAAACUGGUUGUUCACCAGCCUGACUGGGUUCUGAGUGACCAGACAAAUAGAAGGUGGAAUAGUUUGUGUUUUUACCCUGCUAAAAGGGAUUUAUUUCUGCUUAAGGUUCUUGGUCAGUGACUGCUUUUUGGGAGCAGCCUGUUCUUUAUUUUACCAAGUUUAUGCAUUUUGCCAUGCAGUGUAACUAUUUGUAUUUUAUUUAAGCCAUCUGUGGUGAGAUAUUUAGUAUCUCUGGCUUUGGGAUAAGGCAGGAAAAAUUCUUGAAACCCAGCUAGAAUGUAUUUGGACAAUGGCACAGGUCAGGCUGCAAGACUUACCCUUCAUCCCCAUCAGGGUUUAUCAGCCAGAAAUCCCCUCUGCACACAGUUCCAUCUGGGAAUGUAAGUGGUUACAAAUGUUUGGGCCUUUUAUACAAUGUGCCAUGGGCUUUAUUUUCACUUACAAUGUUUGGUGGCAUCACAGCUGUUGGGUUUUUGUAAUAGAAUGAGCUCUUACAGGUAAAAUAUCUGUAAAAAUUGUGUAACAGUUCCUUGUUUCAAAACGAAGUUGACUGCCCAGUGUGUGCUGUGUCAGGCCCAAACUAUCUGUAAAAUAUUUUUUUUUGUUGCUAACAGAUGAAAUUUAUUUGACUCCAUAGCUGUAGAAACCUUAUUUUUUUUUUCCAAAACUGGGACAUUUGCUAAAAUUAUUGUUGAAAUGAAGAGAAGUAGUUUGACUGGUUGUUUUACACAGCGAAUUGGAAGAAUGUUUCACAUUGAAAAGUAACUAUGUUGGAAAUACCUCUCUGUACAAAGGUGAGCAGGGAUGUUGUUCAACGUCCUGAGCUUUCCCUCAUGUUAUAUCAUAAAAUUAAAGGCAAUUACAAAGUUUGUAA